AAUGCUCAGAACUUCUGAAAUUUGAAGAUUCUAUUUCCGGAAGUGAUUGAUAGCUCACGUUAUUGGGUCGUUCUCAUUCGAUUGAAACGUUAUGUUUUGAUCGGUUAUUGUUUAAAGGGUUUUUUCGCUGCGGCUACAAGAUGAGGAACAAAUCGCAGGCGGCAAAAUCUGGGGAGAAUGCAGAAUUGUAGAAUAACUUGUGCGUUUCGAAUCAAUCUGCUGAGUUAGUACUUCAAAAUCGAAGCCUGAAAAGAUCAUUCGUUUUUGCAGAGCACAGAAGCAACACACGAAAGCACAAUGACACCAUCUGAGAGAUCAGAAGGAGGUACCAAUCCAUCCUUGAAGAAAGUAAAAUCACCAUCGACCAGUCGAAGUUCUUCAAAAAAGAAAGUGAAUACGGUCUCUAUCCGUCGAUCGGAGCGUAUACAAAAUUCUACGCCUCUAAACUUCAAAAUACAAAACGUCAUUGAAGAGAUUAAUCUUAGUGAAAGUGAUAAAGAAGAUGAGUUACCUACUGACCAUGAGAAAAGUUCUCCAUCUCCCAGCAAAGAGAAUGGUUGGUCAGAGUUAAUGAUGGGGACAAGGAGGUUUGAAGCUAAAAUUGACUAUAUUCUUAAACUAUUCGAAACACAUGGCCAUACCUUAGACUCAAUAAAGACAGAGGUAAUCAAACGAUCGUUCUUAACCGAAACGGUACCUACGCCCGAUAUGAACUACAAGAGCAUGUAUAUAGCUUCCCAGAAAAAGAUUGAAGAACUAGCUGAAGAAAAUCGAGUGCUUACGAAAAAGUUGGAGAAUGCUCACGAACGAUUCGAAGCGACUGUGCAGUACAAGAACGGGAAUCGUGAUGCUUUUGAAAUGUUGGAGAAGUUGAAGGACGUUGUUUUGAUCUCGAACGGUUUGAGAGCUUCUGAAUCGACUCAAGCUACGUCUCAAGUAGAACUCGACAAGGUUCCAGGUCUCGACGCUGGCAAUGUACCUCCUUCAAGCAAGAGAAGGAAGCUCACUAAACAAAAAUGAACUUGAAUAUGAGUUCCCUCUUGAUGCUUAUAAAUCCUCCUGUUUGCUUACUCUUUAGUUAAGACUUUCUUUGUGUUGCUUGUUUGUUG